AUGUUACUAUUUAGCUUAUCUGAGCAUCUUACAAAAUUUCAAACAUGCGAUAAAUCUGCAUUUCCAGAAGUGGAAAAUCCAUCUCGUUUGCUUAACUACGUUAUUGACAGUUUAGCUAUUUCACCAGAUCAAAUUACAGAAGAGGACACAUUUGAUGCUCUAUUAGGUUUGUGUCAAAGUUUUAAACAUCUACCUAUAAAAUUACAGACCCAAUUGACGUAUUUAGUUGCUUCAUCAUUGAAUUCUUGUGCAAAAGACAUCAAAGCUAAUAUUCAACCUGAUAUAGACUAUAAUGAACUAAUUGAUUUGAUACCUAGAUGGAAGUCUCAUUUAGAAAUUUAUUCAUACCUAGUACACGUCCUGCUAUUUUUCCAACAAGAGAGCAUACGUGGUAUACUUUCACAGAAAUCAGUUAAUAAAAAGGGAAGAAAAGAAAGUUGUCUUCAUGCUAAUGUAGAUGUUUUUCGAAAGAUUAUUAACCAAGUAGAAUCCUUAUGUGAAUCAAUUAUAAGUGUAUUGAAUUUAGAUUUAGCUAUGAUUUUUCAAACAACUCCAGAAAGGGAUUUAUUUGUUAUGAUGUUUACACGACCUUUGCACUCAUUAAUGGAUAUUGAAGCAACAGUGAAGAUAGCGUCUUUAAAAACAAUUAUUCAACGAAUUAUAUGUCUUUCAGUGAAAAAUCAUGGACAAUCGCUAAAUGUCCAAACAUUUAUUAUAUCUGAUUUAACUUAUUUUUUACAUCUAUCUAACUUCAAUGCAGAACUACUCACGCUAUUAAAUGAUGAGUUUAAUUUUUCUCAAUUAACUGAAGAUGUUUUAAAGGAAAUUGGUAGUCGAAAAUUCAAUAUCAGAGAUACUACAGGUCCUAAAUCAGCAUCUACUUUUUUAGUUAAAUUAUCAGAACUAUCACCUCUAAUAAUGCUACGGCAAAUGUCACAGUUAAUAACUUUAUUGAACAGUAGUGUUGUAACACUUAGAUCGGCCCUUGUGGAAUCAUGCGGUAAUAUCCUUGUUAGUUUGAUAUUAGAUAUAUCAGAUGAUGUUUCGCAAAGACCAGGUGUAUCUCAUCAACAAAUUGAUACAUUAAUCGAGCUUUUAGAAGAAAGAUUUUGUGAUGCAAAUCCUUAUGUAAGAACGAAGGCUAUACAGGGUUGUCUUAAAGUAAUUAGUCUACCAAAAACAAUAAAUUCAAGAUUCAAAACAGAAUUUACAAAAUUAGCAGUUAGAUCGUUAUCAGACAAAUCAUCAUUGGUUAGGAGAAAUGCUAUCAAACUACUUUCAAAAUUACUAUUAAAACAUCCUUUUACUGGAGUACAUGGUGACCAGUUGAAAUUAACAGAUUGGUUAGAAUAUUUAAAAGCUGUAAAGAAGAAGGUCCAAGAAAAUGAAAAAAGUUCUGUUCUACCUAAUAAUAUAAAUGCUGAUGAUUCUAUAUCAGAUGUUGAAAAUUCUAUUACUGACAUGCAUUCAGGUUUGGAUUUGGGGAACCCUACACAAACUAUUAAAUUGAAGCUGUUAGAAAAAUACUAUAAUGAUGCUGUUGAAUUUAUUGAACAAAUUCAUAAGGCAAUUAAUUUGGUAUCUGCUUUAUUAUUUUCAAAAAAUAGAAACGAGAUAUUAGAAGCUAUGGAUUUUUUGGUUUUAACAGAGGCAUUUAGUCUGGAACCUAGCAUGAAAGCAAUCAAAAAGAUGCUACAUCUUGUUUGGGUAAAAGGUACCAACGAUGAAGGUACGAGUAUCACAACCCAUUUACUUGACUGUUACAAGCAGCUUUUUUUUUCAGUGCCAGAUAACCUAACGGCGAUUAAUGCUUCUAAGUACAUUGCAGAUAAUUUAAUUGAUAUUACUAUUGGCUCUUCUCUUUCCGAUCUGACUUCUUUGGAAAAACUUUUAUGUUCAAUGUACAAGGAAGGUAUGAUUACUGGUGAAAUUAUUAACGUAUUAUGGGAUAUUUAUAAAUAUCCACUAACAUAUGAGGAUUAUAACACGUCCAUUAUGCUGAAAAAUAAGAUUCAUGGUUCCAUUAUAAUUCUUGGUAUGUUAGCAUUGGAAGAUAACUCAAUAAUAAGUAAAGGGCUACCUUAUUUACAAAGAGUUGGUUUAGAUUCUAUUGGUGAAUUGGAUUUAACACUUUGUAAGUACACAUGUAUUGCAUUGCAAAGAAUUGCUUCGAAGAGUGAAGAUUUAGCUGUUGAUAAGGUACAAGAGGAAAUCAUAGUAAAAAAAAUAUAUUCCAAAAUUAUCAAGUAUACCACUAAUCCUCAAUUUUAUCCGAUGUGUGAACAGGCUAUUGCUGCACUAUUUGUAGUCUCUUCACAACCCGAUUUUGUGGUAUCUAGUUUAAUCAAAGAAAAGACGAUGAUGACAUUUGGGAAUCCAGAAGAACCUAGUGAAUUGUCGUCAUCAAAAGAUAUAUCUAGGAUAACAUCCCUAAGUCAACUACUAUUUAUAGUUGGACAAGUUGCUGUAAAAACACUGGUAUAUAUAGAGAAGUGUGAAGGUCAAUUUAAAAAAAGAAAACUUUCUGCUGAAAAUACGAAUAGAAAUGAUGGUCAAGAAAGCUUUGAUCCUGAAGAAACUAAAUAUUCUACCGACAAGACGAAAACAGAUGAGCUCGCUAUGAUUGGUGGGACCAAUGAGGAUGAUUUUUGCGAUGCUAUUCAGUUUAUAAAGGAAGAAGAAUUAUUAUUUGGUAGCAAUUCUUUACUUGGGCAGUUUUGUCCUCUUGUUGAGUCAAUAGUCUCGAACUCUUUAAGGUUUAAUGACACAAUGCUUCAAAGAACGGCAUGUUUAUGUUUAGAAAAAUUGAUGUGUAUUUCUUCUAAAUAUUGUGAGAAGGCAUUGCCAUUAUUAAUUACUGUUAUGGAAAAAUCGCCAGAUCCUGUUGUAAGAUCAAAUGCAAUUUUGGGUUUAGGUGAUAUGGCGGUUUGUUUCAAUAGUUUGGUGGAUGAAAAUACAGACUACUUGUAUCGUAGAUUGCAUGAUAGUGAUAUUAUGGUCCAAAGAACAUGUUUAAUGACUAUUACAUUUUUAAUUUUGGCUGGACAAGUUAAAGUCAAGGGUCAGUUAGGUGAAAUGGCAAAAUGUUUAGAAAAUUCGGAUCACACUAUAAGUAACAUGUGUCGAUUAUUUUUCACUGAACUAGCUGCGAAAGAUAAUGCUAUCUAUAAUGGCUUUAUUGAUAUUUUCAGUAACUUAUCAUCUGAUAAGGCAUUAGAAAGGGAUAAUUUUAAAAAAAUUAUGAAAUUUCUAAUCUCAUUUAUUGAUAAGGAAAGGCAUCAGAAGCAAUUAAGUGAAAAGUUAUUUGCAAGAUUGACGAGUUGUACAAGUCAGGAACAAUGGGAUGAUAUAGCAUUUGUAUUAAACUGUAUUCCAUAUUCAGAUGAGACUAUAAAUGCAAGAUUGAAAGAGGGGUUCAAAUUGGUAAAAGUCAAUUAG